AUGCGGCCAUGGAACAAUUUCAAUGGAUAUUAAAAGGUCCAAGGUCCACAUCUCGCAGUGGUAUAGUCGCACGUCGAGAUAGUAAUGUAUCAAUGGGUUCAAGAUCAUCAACUGAUUCUAAUGCAUCGGUGCAUAAUAAUCCGGAUAAGUUUAAAAAAUAUGAAUUUAUUAAAGCUUUAAAACAACGAUGUACCUUAGCAGUUGAACAAAUUCGUAGUGGAACAUUACAGCCUACAAAUGUAUUAACACAAU